CGAGAGGUGGGCGGGUCCACGAAAGGGUCUCAGGUGUACACGGGUAUAGAUGUAAAAUUGAGGGUUGCGCUGGUGCUCCAGGCUCCGUUUGUCAGGUAGAGAAACUUCAUUAAAAUAUUACCAAACAGGGGCAUUCCACUUCAGUUUUCUUCUGAUGCCUCAUUGUGAUGUGAAGGACAUCUUGUGUUCUUGAAGUCUAUGGCAACAGAUUGCAUCUUUGACAGGUCCUACCAAGCUGGAAAAGCUUCAAGUAUGGACCAGUAUAGCUCCUGACAGAGAAGCCCCCCUAGUGCUGAAGUGAGAAAUGAGCCGCUUCUUGAACGUGCUACGCAGCUGGUUGGUUAUAGUGUCCAUUAUAGCCAUGGGGAACACACUGCAGAGCUUCCGAGACCACACCUUCCUCUAUGAAAAGCUGUACACCGGCAAGCCAGACCUUGUGAACGGCCUCCAAGCCCGGACCUUUGGCAUCUGGACUCUGCUCUCGUCAGUGAUUCGCUGCUUCUGUGCCAUCGAUAUCCACAACAAGACUCUCUACCACAUCACACUGUGGACCUUCUUCCUUGCUUUGGGACACUUUCUCACUGAGGUGUUUGUAUUCGAGACAGCUGCUCCAACGGUUGGAGUCCUGGCCCCAUUGAUGGUGGCAAGUUUCUCUGUCUUUGGAAUGCUGCUUGGGCUACAGUACCUGGAGGUAGAGCGAGUGUCCCGGCACAAGAAGAGAAAAUGAAGCCUUGUG